AUGUCGCGGCCUGGGGGCAUGGACAUUUCCAAGUGGAACAUCAUCUACCCCAAUUACAUCAAUUCAAAGAAGACCGUCCAGGAGGGCCGACGCGUGGGCCUGGAGAAGGCGAGGAGUGGUUGGAUCCAUUCGAAUUCGAAUUCGCUGAGUUGGGAGGGUUUUUCGGGUGGACACUUUUUGGGCCUUAAGCCAUAUGCGACGUGCAUUCUGCCCCGCAAUGGUAAUCUCGUUCUCGCAAAACACAUCACACCCUGCCAUUUUGUAAUUAUUGAUCGAACAAAACAUGAUAUAUAUAUAUAUAUAAUUUUUUUGCAUGCAUACUCAUAG